CAGCCGUUUGCUAGCUAGCUUUCUUUGCUGCUCGAUCUUAGUUAUUGUCGCCAUCUUCUCAACGUACUAGGGUGCCACCAUUUCGCAGCUUGAUUUUGCUCGAUUAAUUUGCUUUUAUUAGGAGAGGCUGGAUAAUUUAAGCUCCUGAUAAACACAAGCAUAUUGCAUAUAUAGAGAGGCGUUUUUUGGGGGCGGUACGUGUUUGAGGUUGGCCUGCUUGUCUGCUUUCUCUCUCUCCUCUCUCAAGGGGAAGGGGAGAGAAGUAGCUAGAGCUCGCCGUCGUCGUCGAUCGCCGCCGUCGAUCGAUUCGUCGUCGUCGUCGUCGCCGCCGUCUUCCGGUCGAACCCUCUUCAGGCGUAUAUAUGGCCAAACGGCCCAGCGUGCCCAAGUUCGGCACCUGGGAGGCCGACAAUGUCGGGUACACGCUCUACUUCGACAAGAUCCGCGAGAACAAGGGCGCCACCGCGCCGCCGCUCCGCCAUCCGUACAACCAUAACGACCCCGCCGAAAACCCCGGCGUGAUCCGCGCCGCCGACAACCUCGCCGCCGCGCCGUCCUCCAGGCCGGCGACGUCGAGCGGCCACCGCGAAUCGCAGAGGCAUCAUCAGCAGCCGCCGGGCUCCCACCAGCACCACCGGCGCUCCGGCAGCGUGGCGUCGGACCCGGGCGACUUCCAGAGCAAGUUCGCGCCGCCGCCGCAGUUCCGCCCAAGCCCAAGCCCCUCCCAAUACGAUCACCACAGCUCCGACCACCGCCAUGGCCACGGACACCACCCACCCCAUGCCGGGUACAACUGCGGCGGCGGUGGGCGCCGCGCGCCGUCGCCGUCGCCGCAGAUGCACGCGGCGUCGAGGCGGCACCACCACGGCCGCCACCACCAGCAGGUGGCGCCCAAGGCGCGGUCCGCGUCCGCCUCGCCGCAGCACAACAUAUACGGCCGCCAGAGGGCAUCGGCGGUGCCCAAGUUCGGGGUGUGGGACGAGCAGAACGGCGAGGCGGCGGCGCAGGGGUUCACGGUGAUGUUCGACAACGUGAAGCGGAGCCGAGCCGCGGCCCGGGGCGCCGGCGCGGCCGGCGUCGUCCCGCGCUCGCCGCCGCAGGAGAUAAGCGCCGCCAACAUGAGGCACUCUCGGGAUCACUCCCUCAUGUCCAAGAUGUUCGGGUGCUUCCAACCAACCACAAGAGAAUGAGGACGAACGGCGAUGUUUCUCUGAUCCGAUCCUGUACAUGUAUCAACGUAUGUGACCUUGACCUAGCUAGGUCUUGAUCAUUAUCUCCCCUUUCUUUUUCUGUGUGGUGGUCUUGGGAUGUUGGUCUUUCUUCUAUGUUCUUUCACUGGAUUGGUUUUUGACUUGAGAAAA